GUCUGUCUGUGGGGAGACUGCAACACUCCGUUUGAUUCUAUGGAAAAGUUGAAUGAACACGUUACUGGAAGCCAUAUUGGGAGCGGGAAAGCUUGCUAUAGCUGUGACUGGCAGGGAUGUCACAGGCGGCAAAAGCCGUUCACGAAGAGACACAAGAUGUAUAAUCAUCUGCGUACACACACUGGAGAGAGGCCUUUCAAAUGUCUAGUUCCUGGAUGCGACAAAAAAUUUUCACGGCCAGAUUCGUUAACCACACAUACCAAGACCCACUCCAAUGUACGGCCAUUCAUCUGUCCUGUGGAGGGUUGUCCCAAGGCAUACUAUCAUGCUCGUUCUCUCAAGAAGCAUGAGCUUGCACAUGAGGCUAAACGUACUGGCCAUUCUCGAGCACUGCGUGGACCUGGAUCUAACGCGACUACACCAGGGUCCUCUUCAGAUAUGAGUACCGGAGCUUCGACUACCCCAGGAUCU